AUGAAUAACACUAAUAUUGAAAAUAACAAUAAUAUUGGAAAUAAUAAUAAUGAGGAGAGAGAAAUAAUUGGUUCAGCAAUAAUAACAAAUAGUAUAGAUAAUAGUGAUAAAAAUAAUGAAAAUGAGUUAAUUAAAUUAGGUAAACAAAUCGAUGAUAUUGAAGAUGCAAAAUCAUUAUUAAAAAAAAAUAAAGAACAACUUGAAUCAUUACAAAAUAAUAAAAUUGAUUUAAAUAAAUCAUCAAAUGCAGUACCAAACAAUGUAUUAAAAACAUCAACAAAUUCAAUUCCAGAAAAUAAAGGUUUAAAAUCAUCAACAACAAAUUUAAAUAAGAGUACUGGUUUAAAACUAAGUCAAUUAUUUGUUAAUCCAUUAUUAUAUAGUGUUGCCUCUGAAGAUCAUAUGGUACUUCAGGUUUCACCAUCUGAAAUGCCACCAUCGCCACGUGAUAUUGAAGCUGCAAAUAAUGAAGAGGAUGAUGAUAGCGAUAAUAUUCCAAUGAAUAAGGUUGACUCCAAUUUAACCACUACUCCUGGUGGUGAAAAUAAUAAUAAUGAUGAUGAAGAAAUUACAGAUGAUGGUAAUGUUAAAGUUGUUCAAAGAAAUAAAUAUUUACAAAAAUGGGAUGAGAUUUGGUCGAAAUUUCAAGGUAUUAUUUUAUUGGUACUUAGUACUGGUCUUUUUUCAGUUAUGGCAUUAGCAGUUAAACAACUUUCAAAAGAAUUAUCAUCAUUAGAGAUUGCUUUCUUUAGGUCAUUUUAUUGUUUUAUAGGUUGUCUUUUAAUUUUAUUUCCAUUGAAAAUUAAUCCAUUAGGUCCAAAAGAAAAGCGUUUAUUCUUAUCAUUACGUGGUCUUUCAGGUACUAUUGGUUUAUGUGCUUAUUUCUAUUCCAUCACAGUUUUACCAUUAUCAGAAGCUGUAAUCAUUUCAUUCACUAGUCCAGUUAUGACCGCUGCAUUAGCUGCGGUACUAUUAAAAGAGAAAUGGGGACCAGUUCAAGCAAUAUGUGCAUUCUUAUCAUUAUGUGGUAUUACAGUUAUUUCAAAACCAUCAUUCCUUUUCCACGAUGAUCAUAAUGAUGGUUCAACUGCAAGUCAUGCUGAAGGUGAUCCACAUAAAUUAUUAUAUAUUUUUACAGGUAUUAUAGGUGCAUUCUUUGGUGCAAUCUCUUAUAUCGCAGUGAGAAAGGUGGGUCCAAAUGUGCAUGCAUUUGUAUUGGUAACUUAUUUCUCUGGUUUAGCUUCACUAGUUACUUUUCCAUCAGCUUUCAUAUUCCAAACUUUCAAAUGGCCAUCAUUAAAAGCUUGGGGUUGGAUUACAUUAAUGGGUGUUUUUGGUACAGUUGCUCAAGGUGCAGUCAAUAGAGGUAUUCAAUUGGAAAAAGCUGCAAAAGCCGCUGCAAUGAAUUAUCUUCAAAUUAUUUUUACAUUUAUUUGGGAAAUUACAUUCCUCCAUGAAACAAUUGAUUGGAUAACAUUAUUAGCUGCUGGUUUAAUUUUAUCAUGUGCUAUUGUGACUGCCAUAAGAAAAUAA